AUGGCUUCCUCGCCUUCUUCCUCCGGCCCCUCAAAGGGCACUUCUAGCAUGGGCGAGUCCAAGGACACUCGCUCACACAUGCAGAAGGGCGGCAAGGGCAAGGGACCUGCGAAGCCCAAGUACACGAAGCUGGACUUGGACCACAACAACCCGCAGAUGUACGCAGGCCGACCUCAAGCCCCUCUGCCUCCCUCGGCGCGCCAGCUUCGCGCCGACCGGUUUCGCGACAGGGAGCCGCCAGCACCCCGCCGCCGUCGUCAACAGGGACCACGACAAGAGCCCGAGGGACAACAAGAGCCUCAGCCCCCAAAUUUGCUGAGGAGGGACUCGUAUCCUGGUCUCGCUGGUCUCCUUGGCACCGCCCCCGCAGCAAACACUCCCAGUGGUGCUGGAGAGAGCCGACCAAAGCCUUCGCCUGAGCCUGUCGCUACCAAGCCAUUGCCUCGGCCAACGACGCCGCCACCGUCGGCGCCUCCUCCAGUCGACGACGAAGACACUGAGAUGACUGACGAUCUCGUGGAACCAGAGGUGACGGGCGAGUCUGCUGCGACUGAGAAUGACCUCAUCGACUACAGCGACGAUGAAGCUGUUGAGGAGCCAGAUGCGACGAGUGAGGCGUCUGUCACGUCCAAGGACCUCAUCGACUACAGCGACGAUGAAGAUGUCGAGAAGCCCCGGGACCCUCGGGCGUAUGUAGCCGACAUCGACGACUACGAGGACGACAUGAUGGGUAACCUCUUCGAAUCCGAGGAGAAGGCCGAUGAAGACAAGACAUUCCGCGGCAACGGCGAUGACGAGGAAGCCGAUCUCGAGAACAGCGAAGACGAAGAGGAGGUAUCUGAAGACGAGGAUGAAGUGACCAUCAUCACGGAUAAGACAAACGGGGGCAUCGCAGGAUCCAAGCAUGCCGUGCCGGUCCAGUGGCAAGUGUGGAAGCAGGAGCUUUCUCCGGCCGACCAGUACCUCGAGCAGGACACAUAUCCCUCCAUGUAUCCUGAGAGAGUUUUCGGGGUUGAGCUUGCGCCUCUGACAAACUAUCGUGGCCAAGAUCGGUUCAAGAAGAAGCACAAGAACGAGAAGGACUGGCACGCGAAGCAGAGAUGUACCCUCGUUGUCACACAUCAGAACGGCGAGAAGUCCGUGUUCGGUCUUGGCACUUCUGAGAUCCGCGCCGCCAACCGCAAGGCAGCCAAGGAAGCCGUGAUGCAAGCCGCAUCGACGACAGCACAGGAGCUGGAGACUGCGCGCGCAGUAGCUGAAGGCAGCGCUGCACAUGCUUCACAACCUGGAGCGUCACCUGAUGUCCAACAGGAGGCAGCCCACGCAGCCCAGGCAGUCCUAGACGCCGAAGCAGCAGCCACCGAGGCUGGUCAAGCAGCCGCAGCACUCGAGUCCGAGAUGGAUCUCGACGAUGAGGCCGAUGUCCUGGAGAAGGAGCAGGCAUUCGUGUGGCUACGAUACGAGACGGCCUCCCAGACGCCAGCAGUCAUACUCGAGGUGGAUUUGGCCAUGCCAGGCUCUUCCGAAUCGCAGAUGACCGAGUGUCACCUCUUCGGCAACAGCGUCAAGGCGCAUUACACCUACGAGGAGAACAACAAGGGUAAUCUCGUCCCUGUCCGUGACCACACAGGCUUCAGCAUGAUGAGCAGCGACGAUGGCAAGGCUGGUAAGGACAUGCUGCGGGCUUUGCCAGACGAGUUGAAGGCCACGUCAGUCGUCCAGAGAGUCGGAGACCCUGCCCAGGGCGCGUGCCUCCAUUCGACAGCAAUCGAGUUGUGGUCUAUCGAUGAGGCAUACGAGGCGAGCGAGAAGAACGUGCUGCGCACUCGACCCAAGUUCACGCGCGUCGAGCUCGAGCUGUUGCGAUACUGGCACGAGCAGAGUCAAUCGGUGGAAGGCAUGACAUUUUUGUCGCCAGGAAAGAUGAUUGCCGCGUCGGUCUUCCGGGCCGCCAAGGUCGAAAUACUGACUGGCAACCUCCGCAAGCAUGGCGAUCAAUUCGACAAGAUUCGCGACUACAUGCAAGCUGGCAUGGCAGCGACAUGUGCUUGGGGUCCAUACUGGCAAUACGAGCUUCAGCUCCAGGAUCGGGGUCAGACAAUGAGCAAUCGCGGGCUCAAGCUCAAGCACUUGCAGGUUCCUCGCCAGCUCGUGACGACGUGGAAGGUAGGACUCGACAACCGCGGCUUUGUCAUCCCGAAGUGCAUUGUGCCAAUCGAGUGGGCAGCGCUCCACAAGACGCCUGUGCAUCCAACCACAGAGGCAGGGAAGUUCAUUCUCAGCCUAGCGGAGACCCGUGAGGAGGAGAAGCGCCAGGAUCUCUUGGUCAAAGCCAUGAACGACGCCCGAGUGGAAGCACAAUUUGCGGAAUUCGACGAGCAGUACCUUGUGUAUUUGCGCAUUGAGCCCAACGAGAAAUUCGUCGAUCAGUCUGGCGCUGAGGUCGAAUUGAAGAUGCUGCUCCCUGUGUCAGGUCAUCCGUUCCGAGUUCGCAUCGCGGGCUCAGAGAUGAUGGGCGAGAAGCUCUGGUUCAGUGGCAUCAUCACCGAGGACGACCACGACCCACAGUACCACCUGAGUGCACGUGUCAAGUACGUCGGCAACGAGGAGUUCACAUGGCCAGAGGACCGUGAUACCUUCGCUGUGAGAGUCAAAUUUUGGUCGGAUAACAAGCCGACUUCUCGCAAGAUCCGUGCUGUCGAGGCCCUGACGGAUGGCCAAUUCCGCAAAUACGGCGUCGAUUUCCAGGCCCUGUUCUUCGGCCUGCUACCGAAUACCUCGAAGCCUGGAUGGGUCAAGGACUUCAUAGAGCGACAUGGCAAGCAGGAGCUCUUGAACACUGUGCGCGGCGAGCUCACCCGCGUGGAUGCAGAGGGUCAGCGAGUGCAUAACCUCAACAAAGAGCAGCUUGACGCCUGGAACGCUGCCCUGGAGGGUGACAAGGGUGCGACCUUGAUCCAUGGCCCGCCGGGUACUGGCAAGACCAAGGUGCUGAGGUCGAUGCUCGACUCGUAUCGUGCGGCCAAUCUGAAAGUUGCCGUUGUCGCUGGCGCCAACAGCCAAGUCGACCAGGUUCGAGAUGCAUGGGUCUCGCGGGACACGACCAACUCAAAGGCCAAGGGUAGAUAUGUCCGUGUCUACAACAAGCAUUUCCAGCCACGCGCAAUCGCGGAGAAGCUGGCCCAGUGGGAGACGCAGUUUGGGGUCUUGGACGAGGGGGAGGCUCCUACCGUCGCCGUCGACGACAGCUUCGCUCAAGUUGCGGCGGAAGCGUUGUUCGAGCUCCAGGUACUGCCCAACGAGUUUGGCAAGCGUGCUCGAGACUACGUCCAGUAUCUCAAGGACCUUUGCGAGGCAUCUGGCAAGGCCAAGAAGGGUCUCCUGAAGAAGUUGAGGAACCUUGAAGACAAGAUCCUACCCCAUAUCUGCUCCAAGGUCGACAUCUGGUUCGUGACUGCCAAUUCAAGUGGUAUUUACCAACUCGCAGAGUUUGCGAGGCCCGAUGUCAUCAUCGUCGAGGAGGCCGGCCUAGCAUCUGCCGCUGAGAUUGCUGUCCCGAUGGCAGCCUGGAAGAAUAGCGCAAAGACGAUCGUUUUCGCUGGAGAUUCCUUCCAGCAGAAGCCGCUAUGCACGUCAUCCGAGCGCAACGAAGGCGGGGACUGA